AUGGCUGAUGACUUUAAUGAUUGUUACAACCUAGAGAGCAAACAUGGAUUUGGUGGAAGCCUCUUAAUGCUUGUGAACCACCACAGAGUACAGGAAUUUGUGGCAGGUAAAAGUGGCCAACCCAAGGGUGGCAAAGGCAAAAAGGCCAAGAAGAAAGGAAAGAAGGUGCUGAAGGAGGUAAAGGAGGUGAAGAAAGUGGAUAUCCUCGGCCCAGAUGCCAUGCUCAAUGUCUACUACGUCUGUCACAACGCUCCUGCCUGCCUGGAGCUCCGGGGCUUUUCCUGGCCUGGCUCCCCCAAAAAGAAGGGGAAGAAAAAAAAAUCAGGGGCCAGAAAAUGA